GGAUGCAGAACAUCUCACUGAGCAGCAAACAGAAGGUGAAAUAGGCCACAGCAUUUCCAGAAAACUGCAAUGAGAACUGGUAUCUUCUGCAAAGAAGAGGCUAUCAGUGAUCAGCUUAUUACAGCUCCAGUAACAGAAGCAAAACUGUCAUCAUGAAGCACUUCCUAAGGAUGUUUGUUCAGGUAUGCCUGUACUUCUACUGUAAAUGCUUGUGGCGCUGUCUGAAAUUUGUGGUCAGGAAACUAACAGGACGAUGUGAAUUGCAAAGGAUCUGUUACAAUACCAAGCCUGGAGCUGCCAGAACUAUGAAAAUAGAGGCAUCGCUGAAGAGCUCAAAAAGUAAGCGAUUGCAAACUUCAGUAAGUGUUCACCCUGAUGCUAUUGAAAAAACUAUAGAUGACAUCAUGGAGCUGAAAAAGAUUAAUCCAGAUAUAAAUCCACAGCUGGGAGUAUCUCUUCAGGCCUGCCUGCUGCAGAUUGUGGGGUACCGAAAUCUGGUUGCAGAGGUUGAGAAGCUACGCAGAGAGCCAUAUGAUUCAGAGAAUCCGCAGCAUGAAGAAAUGCUUCUGAAGUUAUGGAAAUGUUUGAAGCCUAAUUCGCCAUUGAAAGCUCGGAUUUCGAAGCAGUGGUGUGAAAUUGGUUUCCAAGGUGAUGAUCCUAAAACAGACUUUAGAGGGAUGGGUCUCCUGGGCUUAUAUAACUUGGUGUAUUUUGCUGAAUGGGACACUGGGAUAGCUCAGCAAGUUCUUUCUGAUUCUCUUCAGCCUAAAUACAGCCAAUUCAGUAAAGCUGAAUGGGAGAAAAAAAGGUUCGAUAAGGCAAUUGGCUACUCUUUUGCUAUUGUGGGCAUUAACAUAACAGACCUGGCAUACAAUCUGCUUGUGAGCGGAGCUUUGAAGACCCAUUUCUACAAUGUCGCCCCAGAGGCACCAACACUAAUACACUUUCAACAGACCUUCUGCUACUUAAUGCAUGAAUUCCACAAAUUCUGGAUUGAAGAGGACCCACUGGACAUAAUGGAGUUCAAUCGUGUCAGAGAGAAAUUUCACAAGCGAGUCUUGAAACAGCUCCAGAACCCAGAGAUGGCUCUGUGCCCUCAUUUUGCUGCAUCGGAAAGCUUAAUCAAUAUGUAGUUGUUCACUUGAUUUUAUUUGAAAACACUGCCUCACUCUUGUGUUAGAUCACUGUUUAGACCAUCACUGACAUACUGAAUGACCAUGAAGAUUGUAUGCAUGUUUUUGGUGCAGUAUUCAUCUAUUUUUGUCAUAUAUACUGCUAGAUCCCCUUUCUCUUGUUGGGGAUUUCUCAUUUUAAAUGGGUGCUCAUAUUGCGGCAUUAUGCAGUGUUACAUUCUGAAUUAAUGUCCAAGUAUCAGAGUGUUUUCUAUUUUUUUAGACUUUCCUCAUAAUUCAGCAUUGAAGAAUUGAAUUGUAUUUCUCUAGCUGUGUUUUUGUAUAUGUGGAAUAAUUAGUUGGAUCUUGUAUUGUGAAAGCUUUUUAACUUCCUGAUAUGUUUUAAGAUACACUCUGCUUGAAAUGCCAGGAGUUAUGUUUGGACAUCAUCUAGAAGACAAUGCGCAUAAUUAAUCUGAUGCAGAUUAACACAUUAAAGUCCAGUUUUGUCCAUGCAGCCAUAUAUGCUUAAUGCAGAAUUUGAGGCUCAUAAAAUACAAGCUUCAGUGAGAAUACUUUAUGGAGAAUUACAAUAUGACUCCACAGCUGCAUGAACACCAAAUGAUCUCGCAAUGCUAAUAUGUUUAGUGAAGUGCAAGCACUCACAAAUGGGUACUGGCAGGGGCCAAAAAUCACAUGAUCAGGCUGUUGUCACCAACACCACCAAGCAUGGUCUCAAUUCCUGCACAACCCUUUGAAUAUACAGGGGUUAGUGUUCUGUGUCACGUAUUGGAAGGCAACAUGAUUUGAUCAUGUUGUGCUCGGUGAAUUCAGGGGAGGAGCAAAUUUCUCUCCCCUCUCCCCCCCCACCUCUACUACUGAAAACAUUGCUUGGGUUGUUAGCUCAGUUCCAAAGAACUGGGAGAAAUAAUCGAUAAGAAGGUUUAGAGCAAAACUACCUGAAUUUGCCAGACUACUUUAAAAAUAGAAUGGCAAACUGCCUUUUUUUUCUUACAAAAAAAAAAAAGUAUAUAUAUAAAUGCAUAAGUGUUUGACACCAGGAUUAUGUAGUAUAUUGAAUGACAUCUACCAUGGCAUUUCAUACCCAUGGUAUUUUUUACCUUCUAAACAAUCAAUUUUAGUAUUAUACGUUUGUGUAAAUCACUUGCCUAUUGAGAGUAAAUUUUGAGUAGUGUCCAACUACUUGUGAAUUAUAUGAAUAAAUUAUGUCAUUCUAAACUGAA